GUAACCUAUCUUCGUGGCCGUGUGGAUACGUCUCUCCGCGGGGGUUAGGAGCGGACACGGGGACAUUAGAUCGAUUCAUUUAGAACCAGAGAAAGAGCCAUUCAUGCGCGGCGGCACCGGUUCGGCUCGUGCGGAGUUUUGUCGCGUCGAGGCUCGAGAGCGGCGCGUCGGACGGGGAGCUGUCUGGAAAGGGAAGAUGUUCCGAGCCACAAAGCAAAGUUAUGGCUGAAUAAUGUGAGCGACUGGACUUUCUUCUCUCUGUUUUCUUCUUUUUUUCUUUUGUGGCCGCGGAGGAGAGCCUAUGAGGGCUGGCGCGAGCAGCUGGACGACAGCCUGGUCCGGGUCCAGCAGAUGUGGGGCGCAUUGACUGCUGCCGUCAGCUGUCGGGAUGUUAUUUAAAUGGUCCGUGCAAUAAUACCACACAGAAGCGCGUCUCCGCAGUGCUCUGGCGACAAAGCAACAUUUCUCCAGUGACAUAACCUUUAAAAAAAAAAAAAAAAAAAAAAAGAAAAAGAAAAGAAAAUCCAGGAUGGAUGUGUUGGAGUGUCCGCUGUGUCUCUUCCUCAUGUGCGAGCCGGUGACCAUGUCGUGCGGCCACACGUUCUGCCGGAGGUGCGUGGGGGGCUUCCUCCCUUCCAAGUGCCCCUCCUGCAAGGAGAGGUUAAAACAGAAGGAGGUGAGGGGCAUGAAGAACAACGUGCUGCUCAUCAGCGUGGUGGAGAAGUGCUGGCCCGACGAGACGCGGGUGAAGUGCCAAAUCCAGGAGAAGCUGAAAGCCGGGGAGUUCACGGAAGCUUUACGCAUCGCGGAUGAGGGGCUGCGCUCAGUCCCAGAUGAUCAUAGUUUGAAGGUGUACAGAGCCGAAGCUCACUGGGGCCUGAUGCGAUUCCCAGACGCGCUGAUAGACCUCGACAACCUCUGCUGCCUUCGUCCCAACUGGACAGAGGGCUUCUUUCGUAAAGGGAAUGUGCUACUGGAAAUGGGUCAGCAAAAAGAAGCCAUCGUCCAGUUCCACCGUUGCCUAAAACUUCAAGCUGACUUUGUUCCUGCAAAGAGCCAAAUCAAAAAGAUCCUGGAGGCAGAGGGAGUAGCAGUGCCGGAUGAGGUGCCCUGCAUCCUGCAGGUGGUGUCUGAAUACCUGAAGGAGCCUUGUCCCAUCACCACCCUCAGUGGCUCCCAGGGGCCCACUCACGCAGAAAGCCUCCUGCACCCUCAUCAUGGAGAAAAAGCGGAAGAUGGAAGGAGAGAGGCACACCAGGUGAAGCAUGACUCGGGUACUGAGUGCUGCCUCAGCCUCUGCCAAGCUGUUUCCUUUCUCCCUGCUGCUGAAGAUGAUGAGGAGAUGAUGAUGAGGAAGGACGACGGGCACGGAAGGGGUGCAGGUCCUCGCCUCAGAGAGAAAACUCUGAGCGUUCUCACGGUGUCAGACUUCGAGUGUCCUCUCUGCAUUAGGUUGUUCUUUGAGCCAGUCACAACCCCCUGUGGCCACACAUUCUGCAAAAACUGCAUCGAGAGGAGUCUGGACCACAACCUUCGCUGUCCACUCUGCAAACAGCCGCUACAAGAGUACUUUAGAAACAGGAAGUACAACACUACCGUGGUGGUUCGGGACAUUAUGACACGGUUGUUUCCCUCACAGCUGGAUGAGAGGAAGCAGGUCCACGAUGCAGAAAUGGCCGAAUUGUCCAACCUCACUAAGGACAUCCCUAUAUUUGUUUGCACUGUGGCCUACCCCGGAGUUCCCUGCCCGCUGCACAUCUUCGAGCCUCGGUAUCGCCUAAUGAUGCGUCGCUGCAUGGAGACCGGCACCAAGAGGUUUGGCAUGUGCAGCUACGAGCACGGCAAAGGAUUUGCAGAUUAUGGCUGCAUGCUGGAGAUCCUUGGUUUGGACCUGCUCCCCGACGGACGUUCAUAUGUGGAGACAGUGGGUGGCAGCAGGUUCAGGGUGCUCAAGCGAGGACAGAGGGAUGGCUACCACACUGCUGAUAUCGAGUAUCUGGAGGAUCUCAAGGUCGACGGUAGCGAGCUGGAGCUCCUGCAGCAUCUCCAUGACAGUGUGUACCAGCAGGCUCAGGACUGGUACCAGCGCCUCGGUGGCCGCGUGCGCGAGCAGAUCAACAGACAAUACGGCAGCAUGCCAGAAAAGGAGGACAAUAUUCAGGCCUCGUCCAACGGUCCGGCGUGGUGCUGGUGGCUGCUCUCUGUCCUCCAGCUGGACCCCGCCUAUCAAACCACUGUCCUGUCCCUGACCUCACUCAAAGACCGCCUGGGACACCUCCGCCUCGUUCUUGAAUACUUCUCUCAAAGCUAGAGCUCUCGUCUCGCAGGUGUUACGGCCACAGCUGGCUGACAGUGGAACAUUACGCACACAGAUAAAUGGAACGAGCGGGGUCGGCUCUCUCUUAACCCAGCUCAAGGCUCCAUCUUUUGGUCAAAAGCAGAGGGCUUGUGGUUUUAUUGCAGAACAAAACGCAGUUGUCCGGAGUUGGGGGUUUGCUCUUGGAGCUUGCUGUACGUUUGUCUCUCUUGCUCUCUGAACGCUCGAUGAUCUCACUGUGUCAAUACGACGUGCAGGGUUGACCAAAGAUGCUUAGAACUUAGGAUCAUUGAGAGUGAACUUUGAUCUGUGGAUGAAUAUCGUCAGUUCUUUAAUGUUGCUCAUAACCAGACAUUGGGUGUCAGCGUCUCCAGCCCCCAAAAAACAUUAAAAACAUGCAAUACCGUCAGCAGAGCUAGUACAGCACACUGUAUGGCCACGUGUCGCCUAUUCCAAAUCAGGCAUUUGUUUUGACUUUAAAAUAGCUUUGUUUGGAGUGAGAAUAAACAUAAUAGCACCCUUAAUAGGUAGAGAUUGAUGUCAGGAAUAUGCAGCUCGGCGGAUUGGUUAGAAUUCCAGCCAAUCCUGUUAGACUUUGAGUGAAAGUCCUUUGCUACGGGCCAUGACUUGUACUGCCUGUAUUUAGUUGCUGGCCUUUGCAGCCACUUGAUAAUAGCUUGUUUUGUACCAUUUGAAUACUCCUGUAGGAUCCCAAUUAAGAAAUUAUUGCAAUAACAAUAAUAAUUUAUAGUUUGCCAGGGCAGCAGCUGGAGGAUCUAUUUUUAAUGGGCGACAGCUCGAACUUGUGUUGUUUUUACAGAGAGAAGUUGAGGUAAGACACUUGGAGGUGUGACAGGUUUGUUUUUACAUUUGAAGCUCUGUGUAUGCAUAUGCAUGCAUGAGGUGUAAAUAAGGCAUCUUUGUCGGUUUUGUACAAGUCAAACAGGCAUGUUGUCAGCACUGAAAACAAUGUCACGUUCAUUUUCUUUUUUUCUUUUUUUUUUUCCUCAACACCUCAAGUUUCAAAUUUCCAUCUCGUCAAGAUCUCAGAGAACCAGGGAUCAUCAUAGGUGUUCUUUUUUUUUUUUCUUUUUUGCAAGCGUUUCAUUUUCUUCAUGGAUACUUGCAGUUUUUGUUCUGCCAAUUCUCCCUCCUCAUAGAGUCUAUGCCUAAAAUCAUUGACGUAGUUGUCAAGUUCUGAGGAGGGUUCUGUCAGCUUCUGCUGAUCGUGCACCAAAUCCAAGGUACCAUGAGCAGUGUGUUGCAAACACAAGUUCAUAUGAACUAAAUCUUUCUUGAAUAUCCUCUCAGGCUGCCACUGAAAAGCUUGUUUGGUGAUCAGGUGUGACAAAAGUGUCAUGGGUGACUUUCAGCUCAGCCGAUGAAACAACUGAAAACCCAAACCUUAUGGAACCCAGGAAGACCAGGAAAAGCCAACUAAAGCACUGGUGUGUAUGUGUAGGUGAGCAGGCAACCCAGGUGUGAGCAACGAGCCACUCCUCCAGCUGAACAGCAGCAGGUCCUGAUGCCAAGGAGCUGUCACACCUCGACUGUUUCACCACUCUUACGCAGAGAAAAACUGAUUUGGCUGAAAUGUUUUGGUUAGCAGUCAGUCCUCCCCUGGGGUUCAUCUCUAUGCCCCCCUCCCCCCCUUUCCCCGCCUUUACACCUGUCUGGCCCUUCUACCACCAGCCAUGGUGCCUUCGAGUGCCUGGGCCAAGUUAUCAGGCGAUCUGCAAGUCUUAUAUUUUCUUAGAUGUUGGACUGUGCGAUAUUUGUUUUUGGGAGGAGGUAGUGCUACAUUCCAUGGAAUGUAAUAAUUUACUAACAACAACCGGCUUUGUUUAUUUGUUGAUUUAUUCUUUUUUAUAUACACAUAAAAAAAUGUGCCAUAGUGAUUUCUCUGUUCAUUUCCUUCUGGAGGUAGUAUAGACAGUCGUCAUGUACCUGUACGUCGACCUGAUGGACUCUGAAAUUAGGCCUGGACCCUCAUUGCCUUUAGUAUGGUUCAUAUUCAUGACCACCAUAUCAUUUUGAACAGUUUGGAUUAUUAAAGCAAAAAAACCAUUGAGAAAUAUUCUGUUCGAUGUAGAGGUAAAACCUUGCUAAUACAAUCAUGUAGAUAUAGCAGGAUUUCAGUUGAGGGGAUACCAGAGUGCUUCAGAAAGUGCAACAGCAGGAAAAAAAAAAGCUCAAAUUUCUCAGCAUGACUGCUUGCUUUUACUUUGGAGAAGAAAGCACAAUAUAUAUGAACUUUUAGGAUUGCUCUUCAUUGUAAUCUUCAUAUCUGAAUCAAUAGGGCUCUGCACAAAAUCAGUCCACAUUUCCAUUUCUCACUGGUAAUUCAAGCUGUUCUGCACUUUCUGGCAUCCUGGGAAGAUAUCAGAAAAGACAGGUGGCCAGCCGUCGUCAUGCUGCAGAAGUAGGAGCAGUGACUUUUACUGGACAAUUACUGCAAAAAUCUACUUGUUCGUUGUAAAACUGAGAGAACUUUGGGUUGCAGCUGAGUAGCACCACCACACCCCCUUUAACAAAUGGCCCCAAGAAUGCCAAACACAGUUUGUUUUGUUUUGCUUUGUUUUGUUUUGUUGAGCUCAACCGCUGUUUUCCAACAAAUAUAAAUGUGCUGAUUGAACUGACUUUAACUAAUAUCAGCACUAGUUACUUGGUCAGCAAGCACAAGUGCAGACUCCUGUCCUGGGUGCAUUUUACUUGAGUAGAGGGAAUGCAGUUUUUGUUACUCAAUAGGCACUGAUCAACUUUUUUUGAAGCCAUUCAAGGAGCGAGAUUGGAGUCAUGGUUCAUGUUAUAAGAUGCCAGUUACCACAGCACGUCUCUGAAGCUGGCACGGCGGGUUUCUCUGCAGAAUGAAAGGUAGCAGGAAGGUCAGUUUCGUACUACCAGACACAAUUAAAGCUAAAUCAAAUCAAAAGGGAUUAAGAUUCUUGGAGAAAUCUUGAAUGACCAGCUUGUUGGAAAUGCGUGACAGCAAUAAUCACGACCGGACGAGCCAACGGAUGUGAUCCCCGCACAUCCCUGACCCAUUUCGAAGGACGAUACUUUUGCACAGUGAAAUUAUUUUGUGUGCUUUGUUUUCCGUUUGCUCUGCUGUCAUUUCACGCACACUUUUCUGAUCUUUUGCGAAUAAUAUCUUUGUCAGUUUUCUUAUUUCUUCUAAUAAAAAGAUGUAUGUCGAUCACAGCCAUGUGGGUUUACUCUGAUUGAUGGACAACAUCGUCUUAGCGUGGUUUUGCACUUCAGCUAACAAUUCCCAGCUCCUAUCUUUGCCCAGCUGUCUGCCAUCUUAUUUGAAAUAGCCAGUAAUCCUUUGUACAGUCCUUUGUGCUGCUAAUCUCAAGCUUUAUUUCAUUUUAUUCACUCCGCAGCUUCUGCCCUUUUCAAACCUUUGCGGAUGUCCAUUAGCAAUGAAUGUCACUCGUCUCUUUGGAAAUGCCCUCCAAGACUGUUAAAACAAUUUGUACCAAAUCCACAUUGUCUCCCGACAGAUUACGAGGCAUAUUAAGUGACCCGUUCUUGGCAGCGAUUCCCCUUGAGAGUGAGUCUUACUGUCGUCUGCUUGGGGAAGGCUGUGAAAGGCACCGUGAUGUCGAGUUCCCGCCAUGUGCCGCAGCUUUGCAGGAAGCGUUUACUGCUGCGGUUGGGCGGUCAGUGCUCAUCUGUGGUGCCGUUUCCACUGAAGACCUGUUUGUGUCGUCACUUCACAGCCUCCAAAUACCUCUCUGUCCGAACUUACAAACCCACUGGAAGUCGAACCUUGUCCCCCUAAUCGAUUUGCAUUCAGUUUCCUCUGCACCCAAGCCACGAACAGUGAAUUAUCUGAACAUUGUUUAUCUGCUCGUUUCCUGGACACUUUUCAAAUGUCACCAUGAAUAAAGAUUUUCAAAGCUG